AUGUGGUCCAAAGGACCCUUCAAAUCACGACGAACGAUAGGCAACCCCACAUCGGCGGAUAAAACGUCAGAGAAGCCGGUGGUCUAUGCGGAUCCCACGCGAGCAGGCAAGUGUGCCAAAGGCUUGCCUGCGCUGCCAAAUGACUCCGCCGCGUCAUUGCAUAAUGAGCCCAGCGCGCCCGCUGCGCCUCGGCCUGCGUCGCGCCAUAGCGAUGAGAGCAAGCGAUAUGCCAAUGUAUCCCCCGCUGUUUCGCCUGAACUGGGGCCUCGACCGCGAGAUAGCGGAAGCAGCUUUUGCGUCUCGCCGAUAGACGAGAGUGAGACAGGGCGGGCCCUCCGCCAUAGGCGAAUGGGUUCUGGAGGCUCUGGAAUUGCUGCCCCUCCGCCAGAUGCGACUGAUACAAAGCUGUCUCCGCCUGAAUCCUCAGAACCAGCACCGAAAACUGUUCUAUUCGCACCCCAUCGUCAGGAGCAACCCCCGCGUGGGGAUGCGUACGCAGAUGAGCCAACCGAAAGCAAUGCCGGAAAAACUGGCCCAGUAGAGCCACGCAAUGCCAACUUCCAAAAGUCGAGCGGUUCGCACGCGUCCAACUUCCUGCACUGGGGUCGCGAACAACUGCAGCCCAAAAGGAAGUUCGAGCAGGCGCGGCAUCGGCUCAGCAGCUUCUCCAAGCACGAGCCCCGCGCGCAAAUGGAUUCCCGAAAUCGAUCGUCGCCACGUGUGUUUCCAUUGGCAGAGCAGUCCGGAAAUAGAGACGCGAGUCCUCAACCCCAAAUUAAUCUCGGAUUCGUGCCAACGGUCGUGACGACUAUCACUGCCGGGCAACCCAGGCCGUUGUCAGAGAGACUGGCCACCGAGGAUACCUACACGGGCCCUCGGCGAGAGGAAAUACACCCCAAAUUCGACACAGGAAUAGACAGCGCGAUGCGGUCUGAACGGCUUUUGAGCCGCUUUGGCGCGCUCAAUGCUGCCAUGGGCACCGGUAGUGCCAAUGGCAGCCCGAAUGACAGCCCGCGCGCAAGCCUGACCUUGGAUUCCAAGUCUACGGACGAUCUCCCUUCUUCCAUCAUGUCGCGCCAGCGCCCGCUUCCCUCGAUGCCUACCUCAAAGAAGCCAGUAAGAAAGCCCACUCCUUUGGAGGCCGCUCAGGAACCAACAUUGGCACACCUGCCCCUGCCCGACGACGCCCCCAAGGAUGCGGUAGGUCGCAUCGAGUCCCUAGAGACCCGACGCGAUGAGCUCGCGAAACGCAGGGUCAACCUGGAGACGGUGAUCUACGAGUUGACCCGGGUGAUUCAACCCGACGCUAUUGCAUAUGAUCUCGCCGCCAAGGCCGAGGUCAAAAGGAGCGUGCAGAGUAUCGAGAACGAGAUCGCGGAGAUCAAGCGGGAGGAGCAUGAACUUGGUAUGAAAGUCACGCGAGCGUGGAGACGGUUGGACGAACAGGAAAACAAUGGCGAUGGCAGUAAUUUGUGGGUCAAGCGUGUCACCAGCUGA